AUGGGAGUCCAUUCUCCGGUUUACACGCGAACCCCAACAAUGUACUUGGAUUUCGCUCUGAAACCAAGAGCUCAAUAUCAUCAAAGCAUCCCAGAAUCCUGGAAUGCUUUUGUGUACACAAUUGAUGGAGAAGGGGUGUUUGGAAUACCGAAUUCAUCACCUGUUGCUGCUCACCAUGCUUUGCUUUUGGGUCCUGGAGAAGGCCUCAGUGUAUGGAACAGGUCUUCCAGGCCACUGAGAUUUGUUCUAAUAGGAGGGCAGCCACUGAAUGAACCAGUAGUUCAAUAUGGUCCUUUUGUCAUGAAUACACAGGCUGAAAUUGAUCAAACUGUAGAGGAUUAUCAUUAUGCCAAGAAUGGCUUUGAAAUGGCAAGGCACUGGAGGUCAAACUAA